AGUGUAAUAAGGGAAGAGAUUGAACUGAAAACAGAGAGCGGGAAGAUUUGAUUUGCGUUUGGCUUUUCUGGGAAGGAGAAUUCUAUUUCUCGAGACGAAUUGGGUUUAGGCGUGGGUUUUCGAAAGGCACUUUCGUUUGGUGUUCUUGCGAUUUCGCUUUGGGAUUCGAAGGUUCGUUGGUUCUCGAAAGGAACUCGAAGGGAAAGUGCACGCGCAUUUGCGAUUUGUCUUGUGUAGCGGCCAAGGGUUUUGCUGGUGCACUAAGAGAAGGUUAGCUGCUGUGGAUGUUCGAUUUGGUUCGUGAAUUAGCGAGGGUUUGUUCGUGCACUGUGAAGAAGAAUUUGGUUCAUGACUUAAAAAAAAAUGAAAUCAAGGAAUUAAUUUAAAUAAACUUUUUUUCAGUAUAUUUUGAAUUUGUAAUUUUGUCUCUGAAGAGUGAAGAGAGAGGAGAUAGGGUUUUGCAGAGUGAUGGCGGAACCUUCAAGAAAUAUGGAGGUGGAGAAGCUGAUCUCCUACACCGACGACCUCGUUACGGUAUUGGUGGAACCGCGCGACCUCAACAACCUCUCAUAUUGUCACCAACAAAAGCUCUCUAUGUCUUCCACUUCCCAUUCCCACCACCAAGACGUUCGCUCCUCCCUCCAAGAUUGUGAGAAAAAAGUAGAUGCUUGCAAGCAGCAAAUAGAGGAAGCUAGAUCUGAGACUGUUUCUGACGCGGAACUGGACCUUCUGCAGAGAGGACUGGAGGAAGAACUUGAAAAAGAACGUUUGUUGAAAGAAGAGUUUAGAGCCAUCGGCGAAGAGUUUAAUGAUCUAGAACAGCAGUGGAUUUCUGUCCAAGGGCAAAAGAAGACCUUGCAGAAAAUUGAGAAGACCAAGCUAAGGGCUCAGAUGAUACUGUCAAUGUAUGCUUCUGUGACAAAUAUUGUGCCUGACUUGGGUGAACAAACCAAAAUCUCAGGCUAUAUUGUGGAUAAGGAUAAAGAUGCAGUUGAGAAGUUUGAAUAUGAUACUUCUAAGAUGACUGCUUUUGAUAUAUGUAAUGGUGUUUGGAAAAUAAUUAGUGAGUGAUGCAUGUCAACCACAUAGGUUGAUACUUGCAACGAUGUAUUAUUUUCUCAAUUUUGAGUGGACUCUUAGUAGUCCUACAAUUCACUCAUUGGUAUAAGAAUUCUGUCUUAAUUUAUUAUGAAUGAAAAUCUUGCAAUGCUGAUAUCAA